AUGCUCGCAGCAGCUAGUUCGCUGUUCUCUCGUUCGGCUAUCUAUGCAAAUUAUACUAUAUCUUCUGCAGCGUCGACGUCCGCUAGCUCUCAAUCAUCAUCUGCUACACAAGCCGGUCCAACCGUACCUCCGUUUCAAGUCGGACUCUGGAAGGUGACUGAGGCUACUCAUAAAGUAACGAAUAAGCGGGUCAGCGUAUGGGUGCACGACAAACGUGGAGCUGAAGUGGACAAGCUCCCUGCUGCCUCCAAAGAAAAUGUGUUGACCAUCUUGAAGGCCGAGGUUACGGCUUUGAGUCGCUUGAGGCAUCCUUCUGUUCUGGAGGUUGUUGAGCCUUUGGAGGAUGGAAGGUCGGAACUCGUCUUUGCCACAGAACCACUCCUUUCAACCCUUGCAAUUUCUAUACCUGGUUCUGGAUCAUCAUCACGAAAGCCACAGGUGGAACUAGACGAGGUAGAGAUACAAAAAGGGAUACUACAAGUCGCAAAAGGCCUCUCGUUUCUUCACACAUCCGCACGGCUUGUGCACUCUAAUCUCAACCCUUCUUCUGUCCUGAUCAAUUCAGCGGGCGAUUGGAAACUAUCUGGACUCGGCCUCACCAUCCCUCUGCUUUCACCUACGGGAGAUCCUACUCGAUGGGAUUUUCCUGCAUAUGAUAACAGAUUGCCCGAGUACAUCCAGCGAAACUAUGACUAUAUGGCCCCAGAAUACGCGGUUGACGAAUGCAUCGAGACUGGAUCGGAUAUGUAUUCACUAGGAUGUCUCGUAUACGCCGUACAUAUGAAAGGCAAAACCCCUUUUACAACCCAUGGGAGUAUGAACACCCUGCGAGAGAACGCUCGGAAGUUAGAGAAUGGGACCUUGAGUGCUUUGCCUUCGUUAGGUGGUUUGGAUGCUGACUUGCGAAGUCUUCUCAUGGUUCUCAUCACGCGCUCGUCGGGUUCUCGUCCCACCGCUUCCUCCGUCCCAAGUCAUGCUUUCUUCAAUGCAUUGCCCAUAUCUACACUUAAUUUCUUGGACCGGGCUACGUUUGCGGCGAAACCGCGCGAAGAGAAAGUAGCCUUCAUGAAGGGCCUUGCGAGUGUGCUGGGCAGUUUCUCAGAUGCUUUGAAGAGGCGGAAGAUUUUGCCUUCCUUGCUAGAAGAGAUGAAAGACCCGCUUCUAUUGCCUUCCAUUCUUCCCAAUGUCUUUACGAUUGCCGACAAGCUCACGCCGGCCGAGUUUGCGUCAACUGUAUUACCGGCACUCAAGCCUCUCUUUGUUGUGCGGGAUCCUCCUCAAAACGUUCUCGCUAUGCUGGAUAAUUUAUCCAUGAUACAAGGCAAAACCACACCAGCUGUAUUUAGAGCAGAUGUGCUACCACUGGUGUAUAAUGCGCUAGACUCUGAGCAUCCUCAUGUGCAAGAGCGUGCCCUUAAAACUGUGCCCGACUUGUGCGAGACUAUCGAUUAUGCUGAAGUCCAAGGCGUACUCUUCCCUCGGGUAGCUCUGGUAUUUACAAAAACCAGGAUUCUAUCCGUCAAAGUGAAUACGCUAGUAUGCUUUUUGGCCAUGGUAAAGACACUCGACCAGGCGAGUUUGACGCAAAAACUCGUUCCGUUAUUAUCCAAGAUACGAACUAAAGAGCCGUCUGUAAUGCUGGCAACCUUGGAUGUUCACGAGCGAAUGGGAAUGAAGGUAGACAGGGAAGCCGUUGCGACCCUUGUAUUGCCGCAGCUAUGGGCCAUGUCGGUUGGACCAUUGCUCAACAUUUCCCAAUUUCAGCGAUUCAUGGCGGUCAUCAAAUCGCUUUCUGAGCGGAUCGAGAAAGAACAUGCCCAACACUUAAGGGACUCACAACGAGUAGAAGACCGAUCGGCGAUUGCCCUCAACAAUUCAGCCAACACUCCAAUUGCCAGCGUCGAUUUCCAUAGUCUGGUCUCGGGUGGGCGUAGCCCAAGUACUGUACCUGGUACAAUCACGCCGAUCGCCAAUGGAUCAAACACACCGACUCCUGCCCCAACUACUGGUAAUGGUUGGGACGAUGACAUGUGGGACUCCAUGUUGAAUUCCGCGCCAUCGUCACCCCCUCCAGCAACGGUCUCGAAUCGGUCAUCUUUAUCUGUCCCUGCUUCGACUCAAUCACUACCCAUCACGCCCAGACCGAUCACAUCUGCUGCACGAGCCCUUGGAGCGAAACCCAUCACCUCUGCCAUCCUACCUCCGCCAAUUAGCAGCAUCAUCCCCCCUCCUUCCAGCUCGUUAUCAUCUCCUUUGUCUUCGACUUCAACGAAUAACAACAUGUUUAGCUCGCUACCCCCUCCGAUGACCCGUUCCGCGACCACUCAAGCAACACCAUCUGCUCCUAACUACAAUAUCACAUUAACACCCACACCUCCAAGGUCGAAUAAUACCGCAUUUACGCCUUUAACUCCAUCCGCCCCGAGUUAUAACGUCAAUACUUCCAACCCGAGUCCUAGUAUUGGAAUGGGAGUAAUGCAGCCUCAAAUGAGUAGCAGUAUACUGCAACCUACAAAUACCUCUUCGACCUGGACAAACCAGAACAUCAAAAAGAUGGGAGCAGACGCCUGGAGCGAUUUUGACCCCUUGGGAUAA